UGUUCGCUUGUCAACAGCUACUGAGACUGACAUAAGCUAGCGGAGGCAGGGGGACUGGCACGGAGCAGAACAAGCCUCUCAGCAGACAAUUGGAACAGGAAGCUAGGAAGGAAAGAGUCUUUCACCGGGAGGAAGACUGGCAAACUCAUUGGGAUUGUGACAAGACAGCCACACAGUAGCUCCAGAGACCACCCAUUACUCACAGACGAUAAGGACACAAUAAGAAGGGCAACUGAAGACCACAAGAUGAACACCACCCUGUCGAACACCUCCAUCAAGUGUAUUCGAGAUACCAGUGUGACCUCUGUAGUUUUCCCCUGUCUGUACAGCAUCCUUUUCAUUGUUGCCUUGGUACUGAAUUCCCUGGCUGCAUGGAUCUUUUUCAACAUCCCCAGCACUUCAACAUUUGUCGUCUUCCUAAAAAAUGUGGUAGUAGCCGACUUGCUGAUGACCCUGACCAUCCCUCUGAGGAUCUUAAGUGAUGCAGGUGUGGGGUCGUGGCAGCUACGUGCCUUCCACUGCAGAUACUCUGCGGUUCUCUUCUACAUCACCAUGUAUAUCAGCAUACUCUUACUGGGCCUCAUCAGUCUGGAUCGCUAUCUGAAGAUAGUACGGCCCUUUGGGAAGUGCGCCCUGCAGCAGGUUCGAGUAGGUCAGAUGCUGAGCGCAGGUGUCUGGGUAGUAAUGUUAUCUUUAGCAUUACCCAAUGUUAUUCUGAGUGACAAGCCACCACGGGUGUCUGGAGGCCGACUGAAGUGCACAUCUAUGAAGGGUGAAGCUGGUCUGCUCUGGCAUGAAGGAUUCAACUACUUCUGUCAGGUGAUUUUCUGGGGCACGCUGGCAUUGAUGAUGUUUUGCUACACAUUUAUCAGCAAGAAGGUCUAUGAGUCAUACAAAGCCUCAAAGAGCAGGUCUCAAGCUGCCAGUCGCAGGACCAAAGCAAAGGUCUUUGUUGUGGUCGGGGUGUUUUUCAUCUGCUUCGCCCCCUUUCACUUCGCACGAGUUCCCUAUACUCUGACCCAAACUCGCAAUGCUGUAAGUCACUGCCAGGCACAGAACGCGCUCUACAUUGCCAAGGAAACCACCCUGUGGUUGUCUGCCACAAAUGUCUGCUUAGACCCACUCAUCUAUGUCUUCUUAUGCAAAAUGUUCAGAAGACGACUGACAGCCGCACUCAGUCAAAAACCACUUCAGAAAGGUACCAUGGAUUCCACAGUCACAUCAACUCAGCUGGAGAUGUCGCAAAUAGCCCAUAAUAGCAGGCUCUCAUAGAGCAAGAACAUGGCUCAAAACAAUAUGGGACAAUGAAACAAAGGCUAAGUAACUGUCAUGUAAAUAAGAAUGGAUUAUGUGCGUAUAAAUAGCAUUCAUUUUAAUGGAAAAAGGUGUAAAUAUUCUCAGGUGAAUGCAAUGAGAUUUAAAUAUGUUCAAUGGACAAGUACUACUGUGUGUGGCAAGAAACAAGUCAAAUAGUCAAAGCUGUUCAUGUCAGUGAUGAUUAAUGACUAAGUUUCACUUACAUAAUAAUGUGCAUCCAGUACUAACUAAGCACUUCUGCAUAUUUGCUAUGUCAUCCACCACAUUCCCCUAACUUUGCUAAUACAGUUAUUUUUUUACUUCCUUCUCUCUAAUCUUGUUUAAACUGCAAUUUCCCUUUGGUAAAUGUUGGCAAAGGGGUAAACAUCUUGACAGCACAUAUUCUCCAGUGAUUGCGUCACAUGUAUGACCAAGAAGUGAGUGGUAACAAAGGAGCAGGAGAAGGGACAGCAAUUAGAAAUGAGUAUCUGAAGCUCAAAUGUGUGUGUAAUUUAAACAGAUAAUGUAAAUAAGAAUGCAUUAAAUAAAAAUAUUCAGUGCAACAAAUUUCAGUUGUUGAUGAUUAGAUUUACAUUUCAUCUUAUUAUUGUCUCAGUAGAUUUUUAUUUCUCAAGACUGUUCUUUCACCAGAGCAGGUUUGAAGCAUACAAACCAAUAUAUACCACGGGGUUAAGGGUGUAGCAUAGGAUAAGAGCUGUGAACAUGUGGUUGAAAGCAUUUCUCGCCAAAACUAAACUGCAUGUUGUGAGAACCAAUUACUAUAUGCAGGCAAAACCAAGCAGAGGUAGCAGUGCAACAAGGUUGCAAGUAAGAUGGAGAGACAAAAAGAAAGAAAGAGAGAGAAAUAGAAAGAAUGUUUAUUUUCAUAUGGUCCUAAUUAUAAUUAUGCCUAAAGUACUAAGAAAACAAUUAGAUGGUUAAACUGAGUCUUGGUGUACUAAAAAAAUACAUGUGGAUAUAGAUAAGAGGGGAGUGAGGAUGGGAGAACUUAGAUGAGGACAGCAUAGCAGAGGAAGAUGGAUGGAGUGAGUGAAAGAGAGGCAGGUUGAGGAAAAAUAGUUUUUUUAAAACUAGACAAAUGCUUAUGUCUUAUACUAAUAUCAAUGUAUCUACAGAGGAAGUAAAAUGUCUCCAGAAUAAAAGUGGUGAAACUUUUCCAAGUCUAAGUCACUAAUGAAGUAAAAUAAUAAAGAAAAAGAAAAAAAAAAAGAUGGUUUGCUGUAGUUUCCAAGAUAUACAGUAGUUUGGGGUCAAAA